AACCGAAAAACAUUUCGCCUUUCCCGCACAAAAAAUUCACUCAUUUGGCUCCACUGAGUGUAGUACAGCGAGCAGAACGAGCCCUAAUCUGCAAUAAAUUUCCGAUUAAUUCAAAAUUUUGAAAUGUCUUCCCCGGCAGCGCCGACGACCGUCGCCGCCGGUGGCACUAGCGAGGACCGCCAUCAGAACCACAACAAUAACAACAAUACGGAGAACUCGGAGGGCGGCACCACCAUGGCGAUGCAGAAGAAGCGAGCACGAAGAGUGAGCUUUGCUGAGAUGACUUCUGUACACUUCUUCGACCGUGAUGAAGAGUACGAAACACCUCCGGAUCCCUCAGGCAAAGCUGAAAGUAACAGUGAACGUGAAGAGGUAAUAAACCUAGGUUUUGAUCAAUUGGUCGACGAUUCCAAAGAGUCUGAGGAUGGAGACGAAGGAAACGACGAGGAUGAGGAUGAGGAUGAGGAUGAUGAGAUGGCUUUGCCUAGGUCGUUUUUAAGACCUGCAGAAUCACCUUCUCCUGGCAGCAAUUUUGGUUCUGCUACUUCAAAUGAUGAUGAAGAUAAUUUUUUUGGCCCAGUAUCUCCCAAUUUUAUAAGGCCAGGCCGGCUAUCAGAUUCAGCAGUGUCAGACGAAAAUCAUGAUAUUACUAUGGAUUCAACAGCUUUCUCCAUGCACUUCCGCAGAUUUGUUAGGUCAGAUUCAGGGAUAGAUUUGAAGACCCCAACAGAAGUAUCAUUUGAUGAGAAAACACCGACACAGACCGGUCUAGGAGAUACUAGUGUUUUAGAGUCACCAGCAAGCAAGAAAAUGAAGGUUGGAAGUGCAAUGAUGGAUUUAGGUGGAAAUGGAGAACAAGAAGCAAAUGCAGUUGUUAGUUUUAAUAUGCCACUUCUACCUUUGUGCCAGAAAAUCGACGGCGCAGAUGAUGGUAAUAAGUUUCUUUCUCGUGCAAUUGAUGGUGAUACGUUGCCCAUAUCCACUGUUCCAGCUCCAGAUAAUUAUGUUGAUAGAGUAAAUCAGUCGCCGAAGCAGCCAAGUAAAUUUAAAUUGCAGGAUGUUGGUGAAAAUAAUAAGUCUGUCAAGGAUGCUUCUGAGGUUGGAAUUAGUGAAACCUUAUGUAGUAAUGAUGGUGAGCUUGGUCAAUUUUGUGGGUCCCCAUGUGGCAGGGAAUCUCCGUUGGUUGAUUUAGUGUCCUCUUCACCCGCUACGCAAAGACUAAUAGUUAUUGGUAGUCCUUCACCUGUCAAACAGAAUUCAAUGGCGGUGUCUUUCCUUGAAGAUCCCAUUUCCUUUUUGAGCAAUGAAAAGAGAGGACCUUGGACAAGUUCAGCGUCCCUCCAGAAGAACAUUUCCAAACUUGAGAGACUUAAGGCUUCUGGACUAUCUUCUCUCCUUGGUGACAGAAUCCCCAAUAUUGACAUCAGAACCUUAGAGUUUCCAAGAACACCUCCUUUGGAUUCUAUAUUGAAGAAAAGGAACCUACAAAUGGGAGUCAAAUGUCUGGAUUCCUCUAUGACUUGUACAGAGGAGCAGUUUUCAGGUACUUCUACGAAGGAGGGAGAAAGAAGAAUGUUCACCUCAGGUGGUAGUAGGAGUGAGACUCUUUUAACUGGCGAAGAUGUAAUUCCAUGUGAACAAUCUCUGGGCCCUGAAAAGCAGGGGAAAUCUCUCAAUCGGCUAAAUACUGGUUUUCUCCCCAUGGAUCAAGUGUUGAAGCCUACAGCCCCUUUGGCUUCAUCAAGGUUUUCUUGGUCAGGAAAGACAAAUGACACUUUUACACCAAAUGACCUCAGGCAGAAGAUAUCACUGAUUUCUAGAACUGAUUCCCCAUUGGUUGAUUAUCUAGGGCAGGAGAAAGUGACUGCUAUUGCUCAAAAGUUGGUUUUUUCUCCAGAAAAAUCCUUGCAGUCAAAGUCAUCUACAUGGACUGAACAUCAGUCCAGCCCCUUUAAAGAAUCAAAGUUGCAUGAUGAACCCAUGAAGAGCUUAGGCCUAGUGAAAAAUGCAUCUUCAAUAGGUAAUGUGACAGAUGGACAUUCUUCGAAUGCAACGGAUGGCAAUUGGCAUUCGUCCUCCACAUCAACUGAAGAACAGUCUGGUUCACCAGUUGUCGAAGGAAGCAAAGUGUUAAGGCAACCAGAUGGGACAUAUAGCAUAGAAGCUAAGCUCCUUGAUCAAAUGAAUGUACUGAAAAGCACCAAGGACUCGAAGAUCUCCAGGGAUGGGAGCUCUCAUCUAUCUUCAGCAACAUUAGAUGGGAAUAUUCAGAGUGCAAAUGGUCUCCCUAGACUUGAAAUUGAUCCUCGAGAGCUAAACAAGUCUUCUUUAGCUGGCGCUGCUUCUUCCUCUAUUCAGAACGUAGAAGCGUUGGUGGUUGAAAAGACUCCUGUACAAUGGUCUUCACGAAGUCCACCAGCAAAGGGGUUUCACUUGCUGGCACAAUCCAACACUACAUGUUCCUCUGUAGGUGAAGCUGUGCAAUCUCCCACAUGCAACCAAUCAAUUGGCAGACCUAGAAACUCUUCUGCCCAUAAAAGAUGCAGUGAAGAGUUGACAUAUGGAGAUAUGGAACACACAAAUGAAAUUAUCAUGUCUCAAAGUAGCUCGAAACUCCAGAGAGGGGUUGGUAAUAGUCCAGCAAUCUCGGGACGUCCUGAUGAUAGCGGAAAAGAAAUGCUCAGAGCUCAUCUUGAACUCAGACAAUGGAAAGAUAUUAAAUCCAAAUGUAUGGAGGAUGCAGAUGAGUGGAUAUCUUUGCCUAAAGGAAGACUUACCAUGCUUACUAUGCCAGCGAUUGAAAUGGUGGAAGACAUUGUCACCCGAAUGCAGAAGGCAAAAAUAUACGACAUUUUGCACCGUCAAAUUCUCACUCAGAAAACGUUAGUUACCAGUUUUCAGGAGAAAAGAACUUUAGAAGCAAUAAUGUUGUUAUGUCAGCUUGUACAUGAGAAAGCAAAGUAUCACUUGAGGUGUGUGAAGAAGGAGAAACUGCUGGAAAAAUGUCAACUGUUGAACUCUGGAAUUCAGAAGUCCCAAAUGUCAAAGAUCAAUCAUUCGCUUCAUUCUUUAACUGUCUCAGGAGUCACCCAGGGUGAUGCAAUUUCUAGUGAGAGCUCAUUAGCCUGUGAAAAGGCUCUGCAGGAGGAGCCUCAUAAUAAAGUGGCCACUAUCAAGGAGGGUUUGGAAGUUUCAGAAAGAAAAGUUGCAAAAUUGGCUAGAUCCUUGCGUUCUUCCUUUAAACUUGAGGGAGAACCAAGUUGUGCCGCUACCAUCAUUUCCGUAAAAGAACAUCUAAUGAGGAGAUCGUGUUGUAGAUUCCUACGGCAAGAUAUGCAGAUGUGUGUCAUUCAGAAUGUGAGGAGGCCAUUUGUCAUCCUCAACUAUCUUGGUUUGCUGGUUCAAAGUUUGAAGUUGACUAUUGGUCCAAACUCAAGCAUAAUCAUCUCUAACAAUUUGAAUGAUCAACUAAUCACAAAGAGUUUUCCAAAUAUCAAUGCGUGUGCUGCAUUGAGAUUUGUUUUAAAGGCUGAGAUUUCAAAGAAACUUGGUGCUAGGACUCUGGCGCAAGAAAUGCAGGUAAAAUACAACUUAUUUAUCUCCAAAGAAAUAGCGGACGACUUUGUAUAUCUUUUAAAAUUAUCACCUCUUACAUCGGCAACAAUAUUAGUGAGUUAAAUUGCUGUCAUCUUAGUUCGUAUUAGUUUAUUCACCG